AUGUAUGCUGAUCGAGUGGAGGCGGAUGCCCAGGCUAAUAGGUCGAUUAAGGAGAGGCUUAACGGAAAUUCGGCCGCUGAUUCUGGUCGUCGUAGAACUUUCUCCGGCAAGAGGCAAAGAGAAGAUGACGACAAAUGGGAUCACAAUCUUUUUGAGGAGAAUGAACCUCAAGUUUCAAACCGCAGAAUUGGUGUGAAAGAUCUUCGUUUGAAGCUUCAAAGAAAGAGCAUUGAGCAAGCUUCCCAAAGUGCAAGGGGAUCAAUUUCAGGAGGUACGAGGGAUCUGCGUGAGAAGCUCUCAGGGUCAUUAUAUUCUCGUCCAGUGGAAGUUAAGCCUCCACGGCCAAGGUUGAAGCCAGCUCCUGAAGUCAGUAAACCUAGUAGGAAAAGUGCCGUAGCUGAAGCCACAGUUCCAGAAACCAAAAGAGUUGCUGGCCCAGUUUCUGAUAAAAAGACUCAGACAAAGGCUGAAUCAGUGGAUAAUUUCCUGCAGUCCCUUGGUCUCGAGAAAUAUUCAAUUACUUUUCAGGCUGAAGAAGUUGACAUGACAGCCCUAGUACAUAUGGGUGAUGAAGACCUUAAAGCUUUGGGAAUACCAAUGGGUCCAAGAAAAAAGAUACUUCUAGCACUGGAGUCGAAAGUCUGA